UUGUCUACUCACAGCCAAAGCUUCUAAAUGUAAGCACCUCACCUCAAAUCAACUCCAUAAAGGACAUAAAGGAAUUGAACCAAACCCACUCAUCAAAUAGCAUUUGAGCCAAUAGUCCAAUUACUUUCAGUUUCUUUAAAAAGGAGGUGACACAUGUUCACACGACCUGAAACUCCUAAACCCCUCAUCUAAAUUGAAUCUUGAUACCUUCACAUGAAAGCAGAGUCGGCACAUUAUGUCCCUGUCCAAUAUAUAACUCUAACUGGCAUAACUGGCAUAUGUUUCAGUAAACAGGUAAAAAAAACAACAUGUCCAAAUAUAUGAUUCUGUGUUUUGUAAAGGAGAACGGGCAGAAAUGUUCAGUCUGUAGAUGUUUAAAGCUGGUACCAACAAACCUCAUAAGACCUGCAGCUGGACCUGCGGACAGAGGUGGGUCUUCAUUCAAACUCCUUGAAAAACUGUAGACAUGUACACUUUUAAUGCUUUUGUCCAUUUUCAUGUGUUUUGUUGUGAAAAACCUGCAUCAGCUUAAAAGGAAAAUGAGCCUGUUUGUUGCUUGACUUAAUUAGUCUUCUGCAUUAAGGUCCAUUCAUUUAGUGACAUAAAACAGAUGUGUUAUUAAGACUCUCUCAGCAUCAAAUUCAGUAAAAGAAUUAGCCACAUUAGCUGUGACUCUGCAUGUGUGAUAUGUUGUGUUGCUAAAUAUUACUUUUAUAUUAGUCCCAAAAUACAUCAUAUGUUUUGGAAAGAGUCUCUAUGGGAUAGUUUAAUGUCUGCUGCAGCUUUGCUAUUGGUUCUUAGCUCAACCAAUCACAAGGCAGCCAGAAUGAUUCGUCCCAUAAAGUAGCACCUGUAUGUUUCUCACGCUCAAACUGUCGCCUUACCUUCCCACUUAAACACAUGGUACGAGACAAGCGUGAGCUCGACUAAACCCUACUAGUCAAACAUUUUAUCACUACCAGAUAACUCAGAAUGGGUUUACAAGGGGUUGGCUUUCUCCUCCAGUGUUACCUGAUGUUUGCAGCAGCAAUGUAUUUUGAUCUUGGAGAGCAGGAGCAAAAAUGCAUCAUUGAGGAGAUUCCUGAAGACACUCUAGUGACGGGCAACUUCUUCUUAGAGCCGUGGAACUUGAAGACAUUCAUUCAAUCUGCUCACCUCGGUGUCACCGUUACAGUCAGAGACCCAAACCACGAGAUUCAGAUGUCCAAACGCUAUGGAGACUUUGGCAAAUUCACCUUCACAGCUCAUGCCUCUGGUCAGCACUACUUCUGCUUCCAAACCAACUCCACCAGGUUCUCUGUUUUUGCUGGAGAAAGGCUGAUUGUUUUUCAUUUUCAACAUUUUGUUACACAGAAGCUACAUUUGGAUGUUCAGAUGGGAGAGCACUCAAUUAGUCCAAAUGUGGACAGAACCAAAGACAACCUGCUAACUCUUGAGAGCAAUCUCCAACAUCUCAUUGGUCAGAUGACAUAUAUCACCAGGCAGCAGGAGUACAACAGGGAAAAAGAGGAGCAUUUCCGUCUGAUCAGCGAAGAAACCAACGGCAAAGUGCUGUGGUGGGCUGUGAUACAAACCUUCAUUCUUCUCUCUGUUGGCAUCUGGCAGAUGAAACAACUCAAAGACUUCUUCAUCGCCAAGAAACUGGUAUGAUGAUGAGUUCUGGCCAGGAAAAGCUACACCUCCCAUCUGUCAACACCUGAGGGGCACUUUCUGUUCCACGAUAUAAGUAUUGUUUCAGGACCUGGAAAUACAAAUCAGGACAUGACCAUUUGAGAUAAUUCACAACUGUGUAUAGGUAAAAAAAUGAAGUUUUAAAAAUAAAGAAAGAUUUCACAAAAUAA